GCGAGUCGAGUCGUACAGAAAAUAAAACCACUUACAAAUAUAUUUAACUGAUUUUCGUAAAUUACACACAAUCAAUUAUAAAUAGUAAUGUCAACGGCACGAUGGAUUUUAUCAAUUAUCUCUACUGCACUGAUAAGACAGAUAAAAAACAUAUUUUAUGUGUUUAAUUUAUGAAAUUAUCAGUUAUACGCUGAUUCUCAAACAAUAUCUAUCAUGGUCCGCGAUCGAAUGCCGGAGUUACGUGCCUAUCAAAAUAGUAGUACUAUGUUUGGUAAAGGAUUUUUACAAGAUGUACGCAUACAAAUGUCCCAAAAUAAAAAAUUAAAGGAAGUAUUAGAUCAAGUUGAGGAAGUUCGAGACUUAAUUCAACUUAUUGCUGCCAAUACCGCUAUUGUAAAGGAUUUACAUAAUAAUGUUUUAUCAUACACUAAUAAAGAUAUGCAAAAAGAAUUGGAAAGUCGAAUGUAUACUAUUUCACAAACGUCAUUUCGUAUUCAACGAAAAUUAAGAGAAAUGGGAAAAGAAAUCACUCGUCUUGAUGAUUUAACUUUAACCAGCGCGAGGGAAGGUCCUAUACAUCUACGAAUUAAAAUAAUACAACAUACAACGAUGAUAAAGCUAUUCUCUGAAAUUAUGGAAGAUUAUAACAUAUCUAUGAUAAGAUAUCACGAAAAAUGUCGUUUACUUUUACAUCAACAAAAAAUGUUAAUCCGAAAACAUAUUACGAGCGAAGAAUUGGAAAAAUUACUCGAUGCUCAAGGAAACAACUUAUUUGUUGAUAAUAUUUUAGAAGAUAGUAGAAUUGCAAGGCAACAAUUAUCUGAUAUUCAAAGUAGGCAUAAUGAUAUAGUCAAAAUAGAAAAAUCUAUUGGAGAAGUUAGAGAUAUGUUUACGGAAAUGGCAUUUCUUAUUGAAAGACAAGGAGAACAAAUAAAUAGUGUAGAAUAUUUUGCUGGAAGGGCAGCAGAUGAUGUUGACACUGGUCGUAUUGACCUUAAAAAAGCAGAGGAAAGAAGUCAGAGACAUAGAAAGAAAAUAUCAGAGAAAAAGUAAAGAUAUUUACGACAAUACAAAGUUCUCUUUUAAAACGCAUUAAGCGUUAUGAUCAUCAUCUUCCUGUUGGAAUAUUCCUUUUGGUUCUCAUUGAUAAAGUGCAUAUUGGAAGC